CUGCACAGCUGAGCGUUUAAUAUGAAUUUUAGUGUGUCGUUUCUGUAGAGAAGACAGCCGGGCAAGAGAAAGCUUUCACGGCAGUGCCUACUACAGAGCUGCAUCGUAGAUUCCCCUGCGCCGAUAGAGGGGGAGGAGGAGAGCGCUGAUUCACGGCUUGCAGGAGGAGGGAGAGCCGUGCGGACGGGGCUCUGAAGAUCCAUCUCUGAUCUUAAAAUACCGACCCCCUCUCCCCCCCCCCACUCCCAUCCUCCCCUCCUCCCCUCGUCAUUGACAGCUCUGCGACCCGGUCAAUCCGUCAGACAGGGAGGAUCUGGGGAGGAGGGCGCCAAGGCAGAAGACAGCACGAAAGGCAAUCACCUCUGGCCGGUUUGAUCCAAUCGCCAAUAUCUACCGAGCAGCAGGCUGCAUGGGCACCUGCCUCUCCCUCUCCGUACAUGAGGACGACACAGUGGCUUCACCGGGGGAUUGUGGUCCGAGGAGCGCGUUUUACUCAAGACAUCCAAGCAGCGAGAUUAUGUGACUGUUGAUAGGGUGAUCUGACCGGCCAAACAAUAAUAAUAAAGGGAGGCGGAGAGGAGCUAUUUCGCGGUUUCUACAUAAACUCCCCGGAAUACAAAUCCAGGUGGUGAAUAGAGAAAAGUCACAGCCCAGUGCUGGAUCCCAGGGGGACUGUCAGUGUGGUAAGGACCCUUGAGACGAAGGAGGGUGCAUGGAGGGUUCAAGGCCUGUAAAGCCAGGGUCGUCAGCCUGCCUCUGGUUGGGGCUGGUCUCUGUGGCUGUAGCCUUCCUUUGUACAGAGGCCCGGACCACUCCGAGCCCUCUGCUGACCCCUAGCAAUGCAACCUGCUCGGGAAACUCCAAGUGUCAUGCAGGGAUCAUCCUGCCCAUCUGGUAUCCCGAGGAUCCCUCCAUGGGAGACAAGAUCGCACGGGUCAUUGUGUAUUUUGUGGCCAUGAUCUACAUGUUUCUCGGAGUGUCCAUCAUUGCCGACCGCUUCAUGGCGGCCAUCGAGGUCAUCACCUCCCAGGAGAAGGAACUUGUCAUCAAAAGGCCCAAUGGGGAAACAACCACCACCACAAUUCGGGUGUGGAAUGAAACGGUCUCGAACCUCACCCUCAUGGCCUUGGGCUCGUCCGCUCCUGAGAUUAUGCUCUCUGUAAUUGAGAUUUGUGGACAUGGGUUCAAAUCUGGUGAGCUCGGGCCUGCCACAAUUGUCGGCAGUGCAGCCUUCAACAUGUUUGUCAUCAUUGGCCUCUGUGUGUCUGUCAUUCCCCAAGGAGAGGUACGCAAGAUCAAACACCUCCGAGUGUUCUUUGUCACUGCAGGCUGGAGCAUCUUUGCUUACAUCUGGCUCUAUAUGAUUCUGGCUGUGUUUUCUCCCAACGUAGUCCAGGUCUGGGAGGGUCUACUCACACUGGCCUUCUUCCCCAUAUGCGUACUCCUUGCAUGGGUAGCGGACAGACGACUGCUCUUCUACAAGUUCAUGCACAAAAAGUAUCGCACCGACAAACACAGGGGUGUCAUCAUUGAGACGGAGGCAGAACGCUCCAAGGGGAUUGAGAUGGACGGCAAGAUGGUCAACUCUCACUUCAUGGACGGAGGGGCGGCAAGCAAUCUUAUUGGUCUGAUCGAGAGCAAAGAGGUUGACGAGUCCCGGCGCGACAUGAUCCGCAUCUUGAAAGACCUGAAGCAGAAGCACCCCGAGAAAGAGAUGGAUCAGCUGGUUGAGAUGGCCAACUACUACGCUCUCUCCCACCAGCAAAAGAGCCGUGCCUUCUACCGCAUUCAAGCUACACGCAUGAUGACAGGCGCGGGGAACAUCCUGAAGAAACACGUCGCGGAGCAGGCGAAGAAGAGCAUCAGCGUGCAGGAGGUGCACGUGGAGGAGCCAGAAGAGUACGUGUCUCGCAUUGCGUUUGAGCCUGCCGUCUACCAGUGCCUCGAGAACUGUGGCGCCGCCAUUCUGUCCAUCACCAGAAAGGGUGGCGACAUCAACAAGACCAUUUAUGUGGAUUAUAAGACGGAGGACGGCUCGGCUAACGCUGGGGCCGACUACGAGUUCUCAGAGGGUACGGUAGUGUUCAAACCAGGAGAGAUGAUCAAGGAAAUAAACAUUGGCAUCAUAGACGACGACAUCUUUGAAGAGGACGAGCACUUUUUUGUGCGGCUCUGUAAUCUGCGUGUCCUGGAGACGGAGGACGAGGUGCUGUCCCCCAACAGUCUCCCAUACCCAAAGGCCAUGCUGGGCUUCCCCACCGUGGCCACCGUGACCAUUCUGGAUGACGAUCAUUCGGGCAUCUUCACCUUUGAGAGCAGCUCGGUGCACAUCAGUGAGAGCGUUGGUAUUAUGGAAGUGAAAGUGCUAAGGACUUCUGGAGCAAGGGGGACAGUCAUUGUGCCUUAUCGCACCAUGGAGGGACUCGCCAAAGGAGGAGGGGAGGACUUUGAAGACACCUACGGAGAGCUUGAGUUCAAAAACGACGAGACCUGCAAACUUGUUCACGUGAAAAUUAUUGACGACGAGGAGUAUGAGAAAAACAAGAACUUCUUCCUGGAGCUGGCCGAGCCUCGCAUGGUAGACAUGAGUCUGCAGAAAGCCCUGUUGUUAGCUGACGAUGUACCAGACAGGAAGAUGACAUCAGACGAGGAGGAAGCCAGGCGGAUCGCAGAGAUGGGAAAACCAGUGCUGGGGGAACACUCCAAGCUGGAAGUCAUUAUUGAGGAAUCAUACGAGUUUAAGAGCACAGUGGACAAGCUGAUCAAGAAGACCAACCUGGCACUGGUGGUGGGAACCAACUCCUGGAGAGACCAGUUCAUGGAGGCCAUUACAGUCAGUGCAGAUGAGGAUGAAGAUGACACAGGGGAAGAACGGCUGCCGUCCUGUUUCGACUACGUCAUGCACUUCCUCACCGUCUUCUGGAAGGUCCUGUUUGCUUGCGUUCCUCCCACAGACUACCUGAACGGCUGGGCCUGUUUCUUCAUCUCCAUCAUCAUCAUCGGCCUGCUCACGGCCGUCAUCGGCGACCUUGCGUCUCACUUCGGUUGCACCAUCGGCCUCAAAGACUCAGUCACUGCUGUGGUGUUUGUGGCACUCGGCACAUCUGUCCCAGACACCUUCGCCAGUAAGGUAUCAGCAGUCCAGGACACCUAUGCAGACGCCUCUAUCGGGAAUGUGACUGGCAGCAACGCCGUCAACGUCUUCCUGGGAAUCGGCUUGGCCUGGUCGGUGGCGGCCAUCUACUGGCACAUGAAAGGGAAGCCGUUUGUGGUGGAAGCCGGCUCGCUGGCCUUCUCUGUCACUCUCUUCACCAUCUUCGCCUUCCUGGCCGUCUCGGUGCUGCUCUACCGGCGCCGGGCCCACAUCGGAGGAGAACUGGGCGGGCCCCGGGGACACAGACUGGCCACGUCAGCCUUCCUUUUCGGCCUCUGGUUCCUCUACAUCCUCUUCUGCAGUCUGGAGGCCUACUGUCAUAUAGAGGGCUUCUAAACAGAAAAGACUUCAGCGGGCGAGAAUACAAACAUACAGAGGUUUAAAGUACAACUUCAGAGGUAAAAGCAUGAAUUCUCACUGUGGAAUUUGGGUCAGUCUUGGUUUCAUGGUAUGAAAGGACAGGAGAGGUAGACCCAGGGUUUUCCCAGACACCUCCCUUUCUCUCUCUCUCUCUCUCUCUCUCUCUCUCUCUCUCUCUCUCUCUCUCUCUCUCUCCCUCCCUCCCUCAACCCCUUCUGUAAGGACGCUUGGAGGUGAGUAUCCUGCCCUCUAGUGCCGACAGGCCUGUUCGCCCCCAGCAACAGGAGAGCCAUCCUGAGCCUGUGCCAGUGUGCUUACAGUUGGGAUUGGGUUACCACCGAGUCCAGAAGAUGCCGAUGCCGGGUGCAUUCUACUGGAAGAGACUGCAGUCUUAUAUCCGGAGAGAGUUGAGUCAAUCAGAGGUCUAUAUUUUUCUCAACAUCUGACGAGAAUGACUUUUUUAAAUAAUGUAUUUUGGGGAUAAAAAUGCAAAAAAUGAAUAAAACAAAAAAAUGUAAAAAAAAAAAAAAAACACACAUACACACACACACACACAAAGAGGAAUAAAAGAACUAUUUUCUGACCUAGGUUAAGGAAUAGCAAAAGAUAAUAUCGUAAACAGGAAUAUUUUGUUGAGUGACAUUGGGAUGGAUUCAUAGUAUUUAUUUUUAAUUUACGUAGUUUCCUAAGGAGCACUGCAGAGUUCUUAGAAAUCACACAAUGAAGACGAAGAAGAAGAAGAAGAAGAAGAAGAAGAAGAAGAAGAGGAAUGACAGUGACAGUUCAUACUGGCAGACAAAUCACCAUUCAAACAGGCGAGGAGGAAGAGGUGGACACAGGGAACAUGGUCAAACUGCCCUGAACAUUACUUCCAAACUCUAUAAGUAUCUAUAUAUAUAAUAUAUUUCCAUAUUUUCUGUAUAUUUUGAAUAUUUGUUUAAAUGUGGUCACCUUCUGCUCUAACAGAGGAUUGCUGUGGCUAAGCGGGAGGGGAGGGGGGGGUCAAACUAUCUACUAGAACGAUGUCUUCACAUUUCUAAGAGUUAUGUAUCUUGCCUAGGUAAAAGUAUGACAUUGUACUUUAUUUAUUUACUGAUAUCUUGGUCUCACUCCAGUUUUCACCUUUUCAAUCAGAAAUCAGAAAAAAAAAACAUGUUGCUGCAGAGGUAAAUUCAGAGGUAUUUUUGUACUGUUCCUUCCGCACUUUGCUGUAUAGUUCUAUUUAUGGAGACUUCUACUUGUACAUGUGCAAAAUGCCAAUAUUAAAGGUGUCACUAUGGACUGAACAGAGUGCCUGUGGAGGGAGAGGUGUUUGCUGCAGCGUCCCACACUGACGAGCUCUUUGCUCAGCUGAACAACUGAAGAGUUUCUUCCUAAAAUGGUGCGUUACCAUUUUUAAAGCCGCAUUAUUAAAUUUGUGGCCACUUGGAGGCAGCAGUAGGCCUGCGAGCUGAAAACACAACAGUUGCCAUAUUAUAACCUCACAGAAAGCUCUGAUGCCGCUAGCUGCUAGCUGCUAGCUGCUAGUUUUAGGGUUUCUUUCAUCUGUAUUAUAUGAAAAAGUUAAUCAUGUUCCUGGGUUCCACUUUUUUUUAAAUAUAUAUAAAUGAGUAUCUACUGAGUUCAAGCCUUCACAGUUUUUCGAAAAUGAAACCAUUAAUUUGCUAGCAUAUAAAAAGCUAUUGCUCCUCCAAACAUUUACCAUUACAUUACUAUUAGCUUUAGCAUUAUCCUAACUUUCUGCCAUGGAAAAAGUAUGUUAAAUACCACUAAAUGCAGAAAUAUUAAAUAAACAAUGGUAUUACAUUGUUUUUUUUAAAAUCCAGUCUCUGUCUUGAGAAACAGAACACAACAUAGGCCUACUGAUAAGCUAGGUCAAGUUCCAAUGCUAAAACUACACAUUUUAAUGUGAUUCUGAAGCAGGUUUUCUAACUUAUGGAAAUAAGGAAAAAUCCAGAAGUUUUACUGUCACUUCAGCUAUGUAUAAAGUUGGUGAAUGUGUUAGCGAACAGCUGCUUAUUUACACUUCCAGUAGAUCUGGAGCAGCGUUAGCAUUCAUUUUGAGUCGUGUGUUUGAACGCCUGAUGAAUAUAGUCUAAUAUUCACUCCUGUUUAAACUCUGUUUUGUUCUCCAACAACUCCUGAGGGAAAUAUCUGGCUCUUUAGCUACUAAAUACUCACACGUUGUUCACAAGUUAUAGGCUAACUUUGUUUGGGAAGGUAGCAUAGAGUGGAGUUAGCUAGCAUUGCUAAAUACUUUAUGCUUUAUCUGAGGGGAACUGCAGAGUUGGAUUUGUAACUGAUUGUGAGUGCCACCUCUCACAUUAUACACAUAAUUCCAUCCAUUACAAAUAUGAAUUACUGGUAAUGCAGCUUUAACAAAGUAUCAUUCUUUUCUUGACAUUACAGAAAAUCAAGGUGAUUUCAAUAUUUCUGGGUGUUUUGUUGGCAGCGCUUUAUAAAAUGACUUAUAAAUGAAAUUUUUUUUACAAAACAACUUUGAGUUUUGGUCAUUAUGUAAAGAGUAGUGUCAGUGUUGCUCAUUUUGGAUUGAAACUCUUCAGUGAAGAAGCAGGUGUGGGUGUCAGAGCAGCAGAUAGCUCUUGGUUGAAUUGAAAGUAUAGCCUGAUAUUGAUACUGAAUGCUGUUUAACACAUGACUGGUGCUUCAUUUUUAAAAACUAGAGAAAAACAACUAAAUACAUUUGAAACUCCCAAGAAGCAGAAGAAAAUAUGUUUAUUACUUAAUUUGCAUAAAAGUGUAUGCUAGUAUAUAAGCAGUCAAUUCUUGGCUAAUUUUAAAAAAUCACCCAAGAGAUUACCAAAGAAGUGGGGUGCAACAUCUGUUUAAAAAAAAGAAAAUGAAAAGUAAAUAAAGAGUGACAGUAAGUGGCAGUGACACUGUAUUUCCACAAGGGGGAUGUCAAUCUCCAGUCCCUGUGGUCAUCCCUUCUUCUACUUCUCUCCUCAUCCACUUCCUCCUCCUCAGUGUUCUUCCUCUGUGGUGAGCAGUGUUGUAAAUAUGUCUCGUGGCUGAAUCGGAUGCUUUCCGAUGGCCCUGGACCACACCUGCUUACCCUACUUUGUUUCUAUCUCUCUUACAUAUAAACCCACACACAUUCAGAGUAGAGCGAUGGGUCCACUGCUGCACAAGAGGGAGGACAGUUAGGCUGACUGUCCCAUUCAGAGACAACACAAAACCCACAUUAUGUACAUAAUUUUCAGUGUAUGUUUACAUAGACACAGUAUAGGUGUCCUGGGUGGGAAAGCAUGUCAACACGACUCUUAACAUCUCAUCUACAGUACAGGUUAUCUGCAGUCGCUUCAUCUGAUCCAGAAGUGUGAAGUUUUUAUAGUUUUAUUUUUGGGGGCUCACUUUGUCACCCUUUCUCUUGUUCAAAUCCUGCAACGGGAAAUAUUUUUAGUCUUGAGUUCAGCAGGUAUUCAUGAUGUCAAGGGAAUUGCCAGUGUUCUUAUUUAUCUUUGCCUUCAGUGGCAAUUUGUAUCGCUCAUUUGGUUGUAUUUUUAUCUGCCGGGAUGUGUUGAGCUGAACGUCAGCCAGUGUGUGUGUUUGUGUGCUGUGCAUGUUGCCAGGCUGUGUGUCCUCUUCGCACUCGUGCACAGACGGGGUUGUUCUUCUUCACAAGGGCAUGACUCUAGAUUGGUUCUGUCAUUUUGUCUUAAAGUGUUAGUUCUGUAAAAGGUGAAACAUAUUUAUCAUACACCUCUCAAGGCACCAGUCUUUCUUUUCUUUUCUUUUUUCCUCAGCCUGAGGGAUAGAAGUGGAAUAUGACCGUAUAGGAAUUGGACUUGUGGUUGAUGAAGUUGUGAGACACCGAGGAAAGCUUAAUUGAUUAGGUGAAUACUGUUAACUUUUGUGUGUAACGGAAAAGGGGCACAUUUUAAUGGAUGGGUAUUGUUUUUCCUGGCCUGCAAUGAGAUGUCAAAAUAAAAAAAGCAAAUUUCCAAAGCUGACGGUGUUUUAAAAUCAACCUGUUUUGUUCUUUUAAAAGCAGCUUUCUGGUUCAUAAGCUAACACCAGUUGCACUGACUUAAAUCAAGCCUGAUUAUGUGUCAUUGAAUCCGACUAUGUAUCAUAUUGUCACUGUCACAGAGUUAACUUUUCAGGAAUGAAGAAAAGCAGACCUGUAGAUUAUAGUUUUGAAAGGUUUCCACAAAAGUCUCCAACAUUGGUGUUAUUAGGGUUUUCACAAAACAAUACUACUGUGUACUAUGUUGCAUCAGUUCAUGCUACUUUUUAAAUAUGAUGCUGUGAAAAAGCACAAGUGUGUCGUCCCACGCUGGACACAUGGAGGUGUGGAUUUCUUUUUAUGAUACAGGGUUCUAGGCAUUGAUUACGUAAAUGAAAGAUGUUUAUUUGGAACAAUUUCCUUUUCCCAUCCAAUCCAGACACCAAGUAAAGGGAUUAUUUUGUACAUUAAAAAUGUUAUCAGCUUGCAUAUACUUUUACUCUAUUUCUCGGAAACCAGUCCUCUGUCUAGUAUCUCCAAUCUUUAUAUCAAUGAUCUCCAUGUCUGUUGGUUGCACUUCACUGCAUAUUUGCAACAAUAUCUAGCAGAGCCUCCUGGUUGUGUUAAGCCAGACCUCAUUUUGCCUGCCGUGGGUGGUUGGUUAUGUGUGUUUUUCAUAAUUCUAUUAAAGUUGCCAAGAGUGAGGCUGCAGAGGAACUCCUUUGUUUACAAUUUGAAAACUGCAAAGUAUUCUAAAUUUAGAUUUGAGAUGUUUUUAAAACCAGCUCUGAGGCAAUGGUCCUGUAAGCUGCAGGAAAGUAACUUUAGAUGUAUGUUUUUGUUAAUAUCUGUAGUUUAUUCUGGCAUUUUCAGGUACAUUAAAGCUUAAUUGAUUAUCAAAGGGUCCUGUCUUUCCCACUUUAAUACACACACAGUCUUAAUCUCUCACACUCACAAGAUGACUAAAGUCUUUAUCCUGAUGAAAAAUAAGUUGGACUUUUAAAAAUGAUCUCCAUUAUGCCUGAUAUAAAUGUUCAAAGUAAAAAUCAAAUCAAAAGCAAAACCAAUUCACAGCUGUCUCAGGUAUGACAGUACAUUUCUGCCAGAAAAAGAAA